UACGAUUGUUACUGACGAUUUUGGAUUGAAGAAUAUUUUGACCGGAACAGUGUUACAGAUUUGUGAACAGAUAGCGGUUGGAGAACUAUAACGCGACUUGUUGACAUUGAUAUGUGAAGACGUGAAAACAAAAAAAAACUUUAAUUUAUCUUCAGUUAUAGCAUUUAGAAUAUUGAGAUUUGUUUUACAAGAUACCAAAAUUAAAGAAAUGUAUAUUUUUGACAUUUUAAUAUUUGUGACAAUUUGGAAUUUCGUUUUAAGUAUUGGUGUUUUGAAUAUAUCUUUGACAUGCAAUUAUGCGAAAAUAAACUAUCAACUUGCUGGAUUUAAUAGAGAUGAAGAUAUAAAUAAUCAAAAAAAAACUGGUAGAGAUUUAAAGGUUUGUUCCCCAGAGAUGACAUGUUGCAAUGUUGGUGCUGAACGUAAUCUUGUGCAAGCUAGCGAGCGUUUGCAAGGAAGUUUACAAAUUCCUGUAUACAAAAAUUUAAGUGAAGCCCUUCUACUAACCUCCACAAAUUUUAUGGAAAUAUUUCGCAAAUUCAUGAAUAAAUCUCAAAAAAACUUGGACACCAUGUUUGAAGAAACAUAUGGAUCUCGAUAUGAAAAUAACAUUUAUGUAUUUAAAUCACUUUAUCAUGCUUUGCAUCAAUAUAUUAAUGGAAGUGAGCUUGAUUUAGAGACAACUGUGGAUUUAUUUUUUGCUAAAUUGCAUGAAAAAAUAUAUGUCAUGCUUCACCCAUUUUCAAAUUUUGAUAAGAAAUUUGAAAACUGUAUUAAUGAAAAUACAAACUUUGUUCGACCUUUUGGAGAAAUUCAACAGUUAAUUAGACAACAGACUUCUCGUUCAUUUAUGGCAGCAAGAAUGUUUUUGCACAGUCUAAAAGAGGCUAAUAAUAUUAUUUCAGAACUGUCACAAAUGGCUUUUCAUGAUGAAUGUUCAGUUGCAUUUAUGCGAAUGACACAGUGUUCUAUAUGUAAUGAUGUGCCGUCCAGCAUAAAGCCUUGUUUAAAUUAUUGUCAAAAUGUCAUGAAAGGAUGUUUUUCCUACAUCAUCAUGAUUCAGCCCAAAUGGAAUGAUUUCUUAAUAAAUCUUAUUACUCUAGCACAGAAACUUGAAGGUCCUUUCAGUAUCGAAGCUGUUGUUGAACCCUUAGGUGUUAAAAUUUCUGAAGCCAUCAUGAUCUUUCAAGAAAAUCAAGGAAAUAUAACUGCUAAGGUGGAAGAAAAAUGUGGCAAACCUACUCCCAAUAAUAACAUUGAACUAAGCAAAAACAAAAAACGCCGUUCUGCUCUUUUAAAAGGUGAAAUGAAACUAAAAAGUUCUAAUCUACCAUUGAUAUUUAAUGUUGAUUCAGAGAAAAAGAAAGUUACUUCAGAAUUAGAAAGUCUGUUAAUUGAAAGUCAAAAAACAUUCCGUAGUCUUAUACAUCAUUGGUUGGAGCUUCCUGAAAAGAUAUGUAAUGAUGAGUUAUUUAGUGCUUCAAAUGAAGUUCCAUGUUGGAAUGGAAUGAAUUCCUCAGGAUACGAGUAUUCAGUUGUUACCAACUCAAUUGAUGACUUGUUCAAGAAGAAUCCUGAGGUGAAAAGCAAUCCUCUGAAAGCAAAUAUGGGUAUUCUUAAUCUUGAUUAUAAAUUAGGACUUUUGAUUAAAGGAGUACAAAAAGCUUUAGCAGGUAAAAUUGAUCCUGAAUGUCCUGAUUGUGAGAAUGGGGAAAGUAGUAGUGGCAGCAGUGCAGAUGGAAGUGGUGAUGGUAGUGGUGAUAAAGAUAAUGAAUCUGGUAGUGGAGAUGAAACUACUACGACAAUACCUAAUCAUUGUGAUAACAGUGUUGAUGAUGAUUGCGUAUCCAACAAGAAUACGCAUAAAACCAAAAAUACUGAAGAGAGUAAAAAUGAUAUUCAUAUCUAUGAACCAAUUAUUAAUUUGUCUACAUCGAGUAGUGCUACUGAUAUUUUUCUAAACUUAAUAUUAUUAUUACUGGGUCUAACGGCUUUUGGUAUAUUAUGAAUUAAAUGAAUUAAUUUAAAGGUUUAAAACUAAGACUUAUAAUGCACAUACAGAGCAUGCAUAACGAUGACAUACUCAAUUCCUUAAACCUAAAAAAGGUUGGGCUAUGUUUUUUUAAAUAAAAAAUUAUACGUUACGUUAAACAUUUUUAUUUAUAUAUGAUGUACAAAUUCUAAAUUUUUUUUAAUGUGUAGUAAAACGUACGUAGAUGCUUCACAUCAUGCUUUUAAUGGAAAUAUUGUUUUGUGAGAGCUUUAAACGUUUUUUUCUUUUUUUUUACUUUUUUUAAUAUAUUGUAUAAAGUGUUUUGAUUUAAGUUUGAUUUUUUUUUCUGUUUUGUUGAUUUUUUUUAUUCUUUUUUUAUUGGAUAAUCUAUAUAUUUUUUUGGUACUGUAAAUUAUAAUUUAUGAUCUUGAAGGUCAAUGUUUUACAACCACUUUUUUAUGGUUAAAAAAAACAUAAGGGUCAUGUAAAUUUUUUUUAUUUAAAUUGUAAAAAUUAACGAUGUGAAUUAUCAUACGCAAAAUUAUAUAA